CACUCUUAUUACGUUGGUUCCGCAUUUUGAUUCUCUCUGAUAAAGCUCUUCCUGUUCAUCUCUCAAAACAAAGAUGCUAGCAUUCAAAGCUGAAGAGCAGAGCCAGUUGCAGAUCGUGGAAAGGGAAGAGAUCGAAGAUGAAGAAGACCUGUUCGAAGCGAUUGAUAAACUGACAGCUCAUGGAAUCAAUGCUGGAGAUGUGAAGAAGCUGCAGGAUGCUGGGAUCCACACAUGCAAUGGCUUGAUGAUGCACACUAAGAAGAAUUUGACUGGAAUCAAAGGACUUUCUGAGGCUAAAGUUGAUAAGAUCUGUGAAGCUGUCGAGAAGAUAGUGAACUUUGGUUAUAUGACUGGCAGUGAUGCAUUGCUGAAAAGAAAAUCAGUAGUUCGCAUCACUACUGGAAGCCAAGCUCUUGAUGAACUGUUAGGAGGUGGGAUAGAAACUUCUGCAAUAACAGAAGCUUUUGGGGAAUUCAGAUCUGGAAAGACACAGCUUGCCCAUACUCUCUGUGUCUCUACUCAGCUUCCUACUAAUAUGAAAGGAGGGAAUGGAAAGGUUGCUUACAUUGAUACUGAGGGGACAUUCCGUCCAGAUCGAAUAAUACCCAUUGCUGAAAGAUUUGGGAUGGAUGCUGGAGCUGUACUUGACAAUAUCAUAUACGCUCGUGCCUAUACAUAUGAGCAUCAGUACAACCUGCUUCUCGGUCUAGCAGCAAAAAUGGCAGAAGAGCCUUUCAGACUGUUGAUUGUUGAUUCAGUCAUAGCUCUAUUCCGGGUGGACUUCACUGGACGAGGCGAACUUGCAGACCGACAGCAAAAGUUGGCUCAGAUGCUCUCAAGGCUUAUCAAGAUUGCUGAGGAAUUCAAUGUUGCUGUCUACAUGACCAACCAGGUUAUUGCUGAUCCUGGAGGAGGUGUGUUCAUAUCAGAUCCGAAGAAGCCAGCAGGUGGCCAUGUUUUGGCUCAUGCAGCCACCAUAAGGUUGAUGUUCAGGAAGGGCAAAGGCGAGCAACGCGUCUGCAAGGUGUUUGAUGCCCCGAAUCUUCCUGAGGCCGAAGCAGUAUUCCAGAUAACUCCAGGUGGAAUUGCGGAUGCCAAGGAUUAAGGCAAAUACCGUAUCUUUAUGCUUUAUUGAUAUCUGAUUAGUUUCUAUACUAUGAAACAUAAAUGCUUUAUUCAAACUUAAUCUGCUUUUGGUUCAGCUUCAACGAUUAUGAUCUUCAUUGUAACUAUUUCAACUAUUGUUAAAUGUUUCUAGCAAUUUCUCUUUGCUCUUA